ACAACGGCAGACUCCUGAUCCAACAACAGUAACGCUGCCACGUAUUAAAUUUUACUACGCUUGAAACCAUUUUGAACACCUUAAUGUCGUUGAUAGGUUGACAGAACCAUCUUAAAACCCUCACGUCUUAGGUGAGGUUCGCUAGAAAUAAAAGAAGCCUGAAACUACAUUGGAUAAUUAAAAUAGGAUGCAAGUGUCAGUUCCGUGUAGAUCGCCAUGCAUGGUACUGUUCUGUGGUAAGAGACGGACACUGACGAAGUCACCACUUGCUCAUUCAAGUCACAUGACCAUCCUCCUGAAUUUCAUACUUAAGGUAAAAUCUAAGUCACUCAAGAUGCAGCAACAGAUUUUGGUCCUGGUGUUUGCAGGAUGGGUGUUGGUUGUCAAUAUCCUGCAAGUAAAAGCUAGUCCUUCCCAGAGAGCAAAUAAUACAAAUGAUACUGAAGGGGCCUUACAGAAUGACUUGAAAACUUCAGGUGUUGCUGCUCAUCAAGAAGAUCUAUCUAAGUUAAGUGAUUCUCCUCAAGCAAGGCAAGAAAAUCAAACUGAGAGUGUCAUAUCAGAUUCCCAUGAAGGGCUAGUGGACAAUAUUACAAAUGGUAGUAAAAUUGAAGGUGGUGUUGACCAAGGAAAAUUAGAUUCUUCAACAGAAACAUUUCAUUUAUAUGAGAGUAUGAAAAAUUUUAAUACGUCAAAUGUUACAUUGGGAGGUGAAGACAGUUACAGUGCAAGAAAUUAUGUGAAUGUUAGUAUAAAAUUGAAUGUAUCCACAGAAGCCAAUCAAAAUAAUCCAAUCACUAUUCCUAGUGUUGAGCAUUCUGAUUUACUGAAAGAAGAAACAAAUGGAAGUGUGAACACAAGAAUCAAAGAUAAUGAGAAUUUAAUUCCUGAUAAACCUUUUAAAUCGUCUGGCUCCUCAUUUCUAUCAUCACCAGGAGCAGCACCAUUACCAGAUGUAACACCUUUGUCAAAAGGCAUUCCAUCACAAGAGAAAAUAACAACAUUACCACAGGUACCACCUUCAUCACUGGGAGGUCUGCCAGGUGGACAAAAGCCAGCCAGAACUCCAGAGAAACUUAAUUCCACGAAGACAUCAAUUGUGUCAAAUGUAACUGAUGUUAUCUCAUCAUCUACAGAAAGUGUAUAUAUCCAAAAACCAGAAGACAACCUCCCAUAUCCAGGGGAAGAUGAUGUUGCUGUCACUGAUUCUCAGUCUUCAGAGGUGAAGAGUAACCUGGAUUCUCCAAACGAAGAAGAGUAUAUGACUGACGUUGGAAGUGAAGAAGAUUCACCAAAGGUCAAUAAUGGGGGAAAUUUCUCCGAUGAUAAGGACUCGCACUUCUUCGCUUAUUUCCUCACCAUAAUGGUUACUGCCAUUAUAUUCUACCUUGUGUUUCACAAUAAACAGAGAGUAAGUCACCAAGUAUCUACUGUUAUAAUAGAAGAUAAGUUCUUUCAUGUAUUGUAUAGUAUACCCUAG